GACCGUCGGGGGCAAUGUAAGGCAGUCGGAUUCGAGAACCUGGCCCUCAGCCGUAAAGGUUCUCAUCAGAUUGUCAUGGGUAAACUCCCCAGAAGCCACUUCGCCCGCAUCUCUGGAUUCUAGGUGGUCUGUCGAACCAUCUCCGUCGUUCUCUCAUCCCGACGCCCGUCACCCUCUGCGUCCCUGUUUACUCCUGAGUCCAUCAGUGGCGUUGUUGCCCUUUCACCGGAAGGAUGACUAUCAACGGAUACGAGGCAUCUUCGAAGCCUGACUUUGGCACUCCCGGUCUGAACGGUGCUGCCGUUCACGACAUCAUCAUCGUGGGGGCCGGACCAUGUGGCCUUGCAGUUGCUGCCCGGCUGCGCGAAGCGAAUCCCGCUGCCAUCUUCACCGACGAGGAGCACCAGCGCUUUCACUGGAUGAAUCGGCACGGAAAGAAGAUGGCCCUGAAGCACGUCAAGAGUGGCCGGACAUCGUCCGCGACGCACGGCACUGUCCGAGGGUACGACAUGGCCGUCCUGGAUGCCAACCACGAUGACUGGAUGGGCCGAUGGAAUCAGCUCUUCCACACCUUCCACAUUACGCAUCUCCGCAGCCCCAUGUUCUGGCACCUCGACCCCAACAGCCGCGAUGGCCUGCUGUCCAAGGCGUAUGAAGAGCAACGGUCAGGGGAGCUGCUGGAGAUCAAGGGAUGCGUGGGCAAGGAAAUCAGCAAGCACAUGAAGAAGCGGCGGAGGAACUACACAGGCGGCAAAGGAGACUCCCGAGUUCCGAUCAACGAGCGAGACCGCAACGAUUACUUCACCCCAUCGCAGUCGCUCUUCUCGGAGCACUGUAAGGACGUUGUCGCUCACUACAGCCUACAUGGAACCGGGUUAGUCCACAAGGAGACAGUCCUCGACAUCGCUUACAGCUCUGUCCCGGGUGUGCCCAUCGCGGACGAGAAGCUCUUCACCGUCCGGACCGACGCGGGCAUCCGAUAUUCCAGGGUCGUGAUCCUCGCUGUCGGUCCCGGCAACCAGCCACGCAUCCCCAGGAUCCCCGGCAUGACGAGCGGCUCCGAAGGGGCGGCACCUCCGUCGUUCCCCCAGGCCUGCCACGCCAUGCAAAUCCGCCACUUCCCGGACCCGGUGGUCAAACGGCGGAUAGCGGCAAACCGGCACACCAACAUCCUGGUCAUCGGCGGCGGCCUGACCUCGGCGCAGCUGGCCGACCUGGCCAUCCGCAAGGGCGCCGGCACGGUGUGGCACAUGAUGCGCGGCCCGCUGCGCGUCAAGCCGUUUGACGUGGACCUGUGCUGGAUGGGCAAGUUCCGCAACGUCGAGCAGUCGCGCUUCUGGCAGGCCGACUCGGACGAGGAGCGACUCGGCCUGAUGAAGGAGGCACGCGGCGGCGGCAGUGUCACCCCGAUCUACCGCCGCAUCCUGAAGCAGCACGUCACGUCGGGCAAGCUGCGGUUGUUUGAGAAGACCACCCUGCACGAGGCAAGGUUUCAGAAGGAGGACAGAGGAGGAGAGGACGGUCCAAGUUCUUCGGGCCUCUGGCACGUCAAGACAAGUCCCGAGGUGGAAGGGCUGCCGCCAAUGGACUACAUCUACUUUGCCACGGGGAUUGAGACCGACUUCAGGACGCUGCCCUAUCUGCAGACGAUGAUGGAGAGCCAUCCCAUUGACGGCUAUGGCGGCUUUCCGUGCCUGAACGACGACUUGAUGUGGAAGGACGAUGUGCCGCUGUUCGUGGCGGGGAGGUUGGCCGCCCUGAAGCUGGGUCCGGCCGCUCCGAACCUGGGAGGGGCUCGGAUUGCCGCCGAGAGGAUUGCGUGGGGUGUUGAGGAGGUCAUGCGCAAGGCAUCCGGUCUUGAUCCAGAUGGUGGCACGCCUUGGGCAACAGCGAGGGAAAGCUUGGUCGACUAUGCUACCGGUACCGGCAACAUGUUCAGUGGACUGGUGGAGGUUUCGUCAUAG